AUGAAAUCAGUGAUUGAAAAUGGAAGCAUGGUUGUUUUCUCAAAUAAGAAAAUACAUUUCUUUGAAUAUCAAUUUUCAUCUUUAAAAGAUAUUGAUGCGUAUGAGUGGACUGGAUGUUGUGCUAAGGAUACUAACGUUCAUAUAUUUGAAAUAAUCGAAAUGAUAAGCGACGAAGAGAAGCAAGAAUUGAGGAAGGAAUCAAUGCAAAAUGAUGAUUAUCAGGAGAUAACAGCGCCAGGAAUAAUAUAUACACGUGGUGGAAAAGAGGAUUUCGUGAGUUUUAUCAAUGCCAGUAAUGAAACUAAUGGUUGGACAGGGAAGUAUCGCGACUACGACUGUUACAGGAAAAUGCUAGGUCCUGCGAAGUUACAUGAUGUUGCUGCGAGGACAAAAAUUGGUGAUUAUGUUGGGUCGUGUAUAUGUCUCGAAUUUGAUACUUAUGCGUUCGUAUCCUUAUACUAUAUACAUCCCGAAUAUCGAAAGCGAGGUAUUGGAACCGAAUUAUUCAAACGGGUUAUUAAUGAUGACCUGCGAAAGAAAAAUAUUGGAUUACAUUCUGUGCAGCAUAUGUCAGCGGUAUAUAGCCAACAGCUUGGUUUCAACAAAUGGGCAUCUUGGACGCUUGAUAUCAUUGAAGUGAAGAAUGUUGACAAACAAAAAAUUAUUGUUGAUAAUAUUCAUUUAACCGUAAAAGAUGGCAAAGAAGUAAGCCUACAGCGAAUUAUUGAUUAUGAUGCCAAAGUCGCGAAGUGUCGACGUGAAGACUUCGUUAUGCAUUGGGCUGUAGAUCGCAUUGAUGCAAUCUGUAAGGUACUGGUGAAUUCAAAGGGUGAAAUUCUUGGUUAUGGUUGUGGUCGCUUGUUAUCAGUCGUCGGCUAUCCUGGCUUCGGACCUGUGUACUCUGAUUCGGAUGAUGGAUUUAAACUUCUCUUCUAUGCUUUAUGUUCGUGUUUUGACAACGAGCUGAAGGAGCAAAAUUCGAUCAAUUUGCAUGUACCAACAAUAAAGUCGAAUACAGUAAAACAAAUCCUUCACGAUGCUGCUAAUUUUAAAUUGAAGGAACAGCUUACUCCUCAAUUUACUCAAGAAAUACCAGGCCAUGAUAUCGACAAGAUUUACUGUGUUACCGAUGCAACGAUGUUUAUUUAA